AUGGCGACAGAGACACACUCUCUGGAGAAACAAACCGUCCUUACGGAUGCAGCUCCCUCUCCCAGUCUUGACUCCUCUCAUGAGCGCCCCAUUGAUCGCGCUGCGGAGCGGCGCCUCGUCCGCAAGCUUGACCUUCGCAUCAUCCCCGUUCUCUGGAUCCUCUACCUCUGCAACUUCAUAGACAGGGCAAAUAUCGGUAAUGCCAAAAUCGCCGGCAUGGAAAAGGAGCUCAACCUCAUCGGCCAACGCUUCAAUAUCUGUGUCUGGGUCUUCAACCUGGGCUACCUCGUCGCCGGUAUCCCCUGCACCAUCCUCUUCAAGAAAUACGGCCCGAAGUCUCUCUGCGUGAUGAUGCUUCUCUGGGCCAUCACCGUCAUCGGCUGCGGCCUCGUGCGCACCUGGGAGCAGCUCGUCAUCACCCGCCUGCUCGAGGGCAUCUGCGAGUCCGCAUUCAUAUCCGGCGCGGCCUACUUGAUCGGCGCGUACUACACGACCGCCGAGUAUCUGGGUCGCUAUGUGAUUUUCUUGACGGCGGGGAUCAUUGCGGGGGCGGUCAAUGGCUUUAUCUCGAGCUUGAUUGCGAAAAUGAACGGCGUUGCCGGUUACGGGGCCUGGCGCUGGAUUUUCAUCGUCGAGGGUCUGCUGACUAUUGUGAUUGCGUUGGCAUGCUGGUUCUUUGUGCCGCCGUUCCCAGAGCACUGCACGUUCCUGCAGGGAGAGGAGAAGGAAUUGAUGCUGAGGCGAGUGAAGGAAGGAGGGCAUAAUGCACAUGACACGAUAACCAUUAAGGAUGUGCUCAAGGAAUUGGGUGAUUGGAAGAUUUGGGCUGGUGUCGCCAUGAAUCUGGGCGUCACCGAAAACGCGAACUCGCUCGCCAAUUUCCAGCCUACCAUACUCAGAGGCCUUGGGUACACCGCGACUUCCGCCCAGGUACACACGAUCCCCGUCUAUCUCACUGGAGCCGCUGUGUCCGUUAUCUUCUGUCUCAUCUCCGAGCGUUUGAACCACCGCUAUGGCUUUUACCUCCUAGGUUGUGCAAUCCUCGCCGCCGGCCUCGCUAUCGAGAUCAAUUAUCCGCCCUCAGCUAGCACCCGCUACGCAGGUAUGUUCCUCAUCGCCUGCGGCGCCUACGUCUCUAUGCCCAUCAGCAUCAUCUGGGUCAGCGUCAACGCGGGCAGUGGGUACAAGCGCGCCAUCGCCAUCGCAGCCAUAAUCAACUUUGGCACCGCUGGCGCCUUCGUAUCAUCCAACGUGUUUCUCUUUAAGGAGACGCCUAGGUUCCAUACGGGAUUUAGCACGGGCCUAGGUCUCGUGUGUAUGGGGGCAGCGGCGGCGACAGUGUACUUUGUGGGAUGCUGGUGGACGAACAAGAAGAGGGAUGAGAGUAGUAGCGUGAUGGUUGAGCCGGUAACGGAGCAGAGUGAGAUGGAGAAGUUGGGAUGGGAGCAUCCGGACUUUCGGUUUGUGUUGUAAGAUGGGGAACUCGAAAGUGCAAGCAGAAGCAAUGU